GCAAAGAAGGUCCCAACUUGUUGACAUUUUCCUACCCCCAGUCCCUCACCAAACCGUCGCAGAUCUCCCACAACCAACAGCAACAUUCACCAUGCUCUUCCGCGCCAUCACCCGCACGGUCUCCGCCGCCGCCCUCACCCGCCCCCUCCUCGCCCGCUCAGUCGCAGCAGCCGCCCUUGUCCGCCCCGCCGUCGUCUCGGCCUCCCUGCGCCCAUUCUCCUCCACGCCUUCCGCCUUCGCGGCAACCAGCCCUGAAGCCCAGUCCCUCAGCAAAAUUCUGAACAGGGAGCUCGAGCACGAGAAGACGGAGAACCCUGAGGACGCAGCCGCCCCGGAGUUCUUGCAGGAGUUUAAGCAGAACAACAAGGAAUGGGCUGUCAAGGAUGUUGCCGGCAGCAAGGAGAUCAAGCUUGUGCGGACUUUCAACGAUGAGAAAAUCACAAUUCUUUUCAACACAGAUGCGCUCGUAGAGGCUGACGAGCUGGACCUACCCGAAGAAGGAGCAGAAGAGGACGCGGACCGCAGUCUGCCCGUCACUGUCUCUAUCAUCAUCGAGAAGCCCUCCAACCCCUCCGCCGGCGCCCUCGAUAUUACCGCCUCCAUCACCGACGGCGCCUUCUUCAUCGAAGAAGCCUCCUUCCUCCCCUCCACCCAGCUCGCCCACGACGAGACCGCACAAGGCGACUGGCUCCGUCGCAGCAACUACGCCGGCCCCAUCUUUGGCGAUCUCGACGAAGGCGUGCAGGACCAGUUCCACGCGUACCUCGAGGAGCGUGGGAUCAAGGACCAGCUGGCCACGUUCAUUCCGGAGUAUGUGCAGUACAAGGAGCAGCGGGAGUACCAGGCUUGGUUGGAGAAUGUGUCCAAGUUCUUGAAGGAGUAGACGGACAAUCUUGCUCUUCGUGCGGACCGCUUUCCUUGUUGAGUACCGAGCGCUGGGGAUCAUGGCCAGUAAUCGUAACCACUGCUGGAUGACCGCUCUGCACUGCAACCCACAGCCAGGCGGGAGAAUCCUCAUCAAUUCCAGCCUUCGCACAUCCCUACACCGCUACCGCCCUCAAUUAAGGCUGUCAUUGGUCGGACAGCUCCCUCCCGUACCUUCCAUCAAACUGCCACAUAGAUGUAUUCUAGCCUAGUAGGGUAGCAACAACCUCUCCCCCACUCCGGUGGGCCUCUUUUUUAUUUGUAUUUUCUUGCACUCGUGUUCAAUAUUCAUUAUCAUGUACAUUAGAUGAAAUUUUCUCUGGAAUGAACGGCUGGC